UGCGUUUCCAGGGAGUGAUGGGCGGUGCUGCCACAGAAUCAGAACAAGGAAGUGAGUCGCUUGAACGAAAUCAGUCGGAGCUUGGAGAAACCGAGAAUCGAUAGCGCACGCUGCAUUCAGUAUGAGUAAAAAAGGAGCAUAUCCUCAGCAGCAAAGUUAUCCGACACAGCAGCCGACAAUGGCUCCGCCAAAACAACAGCCCACCGCUCAAGCUGCUCAGGCACCACCUUACACCGAAGCUCCUCCAUCUUAUGCCGAGCUUCACCAGCAGCCAAGAUUUGUCCAGGCUCCACCUGGUUAUCCAGGUGGCUUCUAUGUGCCACGCACAAGCCAAAUGCAAAUGGGUCCACCUGGGGCAGCCGUGCCCAUACAGUACUAUGCAGUGCCACAAGUCUUCUCUCCAUCUUCAACUGUGGUCGUGAAGGAUGGGUUUGAUGCAGGUGCCAGGUUUGGGGCAGGAGCCACUGCUAAUAUUCCAGUAAGUGUCCUAAACAGUUGGUGCUAUUGGUAUGGUUAUGAAUAUAGUGUGGCACAGUGUGUUAUCUGUGAUUGUUAAGGGUGAAUUGGUUGU